AUGUCGAUGUCUUCGGACACUGUGCUGCGGAUUAACAGCUUAGCUGGCGAGGAGGUACUGCAUCUUAAUGCUGACGAGUUCGACCAGGUGUCGGAAUUGCACGGCAAUGCUGUCCAGGGCUUGAAGCAGUGCAUCAGAGACAGGCUUGGCCACUCGAUUUUUCAGCAGCAGUUGACCUACCAAAACCAGCGGCUCCAGGAUGAGCAAAGCUUGGGAGAUCUGGUGCUUCCGGCGGAGCUGACGCUGGUGCUUUUGCCGCGCCUCCGGGGUCGCGCAGACGAGCUCAGGGAUGUUAUCAGUGGAUUCGCUUAUGGCGGCUUUGGUCCAUUGCAUUGGUUAAGGGAACCUGCGCACAACGGUCCACGGGAUCAACAGAUGCUCCACAAAAUCCUGAGAGAGCUGCAAGAUCCGGAUGAACUCGGUUCCGAUGGUAUGCUAGCAGCAGUGAUCGCAGCCUCAUCAGGCCGCACGGAAGUCAUCAACAUGCUCAUAGCAGCAGCUGCAGAUGUGAACGGUGCAGACAGACGCGGGCGCACAGCACUUGCCGCUGCCUCAACCUCAAACCAUGAGGACACUGCGCGUGUCUUGUUGCAUGCUUCUGCAGAUGUAAAUGCAGGCGUGGCCGGCUUCAAUGCUGGCAGGUAUGGCCCACAUUUCGUAGCCACGUCUUUAUGGCUGGUCGUGGACGGGGCAGCGACAGCGAACCAGCAACGCCUACCCUCAUUCCAGGUUCGUGAGGCUAUCACACGCCCUUGCGGCAUUCUGCGCUUGCUGGCAGAAGCUGGCGCAGACCCUAACUGGGCACCCUGCAGCAGUGAACGGUGGCGCUUUGUUCUGCCUGGCACGACCCCGCUGCAUAGAGCUGCGGAGAGCGGAGCAGAAGAGCUUGCGCAGUGCUUGGUAGAAGUCCGGGCAGAUCCUCUGAUGGUCGAUCACUGGUCAAGGAGUCCGCUUCUGGUUGCCGCAGAAAACGGACACGCCAGGGUCGUGGCAUGCUUGAUUUCGGCAGGUGCUAAUCUGGAGCAAGUUGACGGCUGGCAGAGAACGCCCCUGUGGACAGCAGCAUCUCGGGGCUUCGUGAACACCGUCUCCACCCUGCUGCUUGCGCGUGCAGACGUACACGCGGCUGACAACCAGGGCAGAACGCCAAUCUGGACAGGUUCUGCCUCCGGUAGUGCCGAGACGGUCAGGGCUCUUUUGCAUGCCCAUGCCAAUCUGGAAGCUGUUGACAGCUGGGGAGCUACGCCACUUUCUGCCGCAGCUGAGUUUGGCCGCGUCAAGAUGGUCUCGGCUUUGCUGCUUGCUCGUGCAGAGGUGGACAGGGCAGACAACUUGGGGCGCACACCCUUGUGGCUCGCUGCUGCAAGGGAUCAUGUGGGGGUGUUGUUUGCCUUGCUGCUUGCAGGUGCCGACAAGGAGAAGGCCAGCAAUUCCGGCACAACGCCGCUGCUGGCAGCCGUUGAGUAUGCGAAAGGUCUACGGACUGCCUAUGCCUUGAUGUCGUGCGGGGCCGACAUAUGCAAGACCGAUCACCAAGGCAGGACAGCUUGGCAGAUAGCUUGCAGCAGGGACAACCCUGACGACUUUCAGAAGGUCUUCGACGACACCCAUCAAGUUUUAGGCCCGGCUCAUGGUUGUGGCAUCUCAGAUGUUGAUCACAUGACCUGGGUUUCUGACCAUGGUGAUGGCUAUGGCAACUACCUCGAUUACAAUUAUGGUGUUUAUGACGUUUAUGACCCAGAGGACGACCUUGCUGACCUCCACGACUACAUCGGUUGA